GACCAGAGCACAGCAGCUCCUGGGCACAGCGAGCCGAGCCCGGGUCCUCGUCACAGCACGACCCAGACAGCACAGAUGGGGGCAGGAACUGCCAGUACCGGGACGUUGGCUUAGGACAGGUCUCAGCAAACUACCCCCAGCUGGACUACAAGCCCACCAUCUUCUUUGCUUUCGGGUCUCCCAUCGGGAUGUUUCUCACGGUGCGAGGAGUGAAGCGGAUCAACCCCAACUACACCCUGCCUCACUGUCCCCCUCCUCCGUCCGCACAGUUCGACCCGGUGGCCUACAGGAUCGAGCCCAUGAUUGUCCCUGACGUGGAGUUCGAGCCCAUGCUGCUGCCCCACCACAAGGGCAGGAAGAGGAUGGAGGAUCUGAAGGAGGGGCUGACCCGCAUGAGCCUGGACCUGAAGAACAACCUGCUGGGCUCGCUGCGGGUGGCCUGGCAGUCCUUCACGAGCGCCCCGCUGCUCGCCCUGGAGCCUUUUAUGCCGAGGCAGAGACCAGCGCGGAGAAGCAGCCAGCCUUCAGACGCGAAGCCAGAGGAGACCCCCGCAGCAGCCAAGGAAGAGCCGCCCCCCAUCAACGUGGGGAGGCUGAACGGGGGCAAUCGCAUCGACUACGUGCUGCAGGAGAAGCCCAUAGAGAGCUUUAACGAGUACUUGUUCGCGCUGCAAGGGCACCUCUGCUACUGGGAGUCGGAGGACACCGUCCUGCUGGUUCUGAAGGAGAUCUACCAGACACAGGGCAUCGCCCUGGACCAGCCCUUGCUGGGAAGCCAGUGA